AAAUACGCUAAACCCACACAACAGAUUGUACGCUUGUCACCUCGAUCCACAUAAAUAAAAUUUCAAUUCAUUGUUUUCAGAGUUACCGAGGGUAGAGUGUGUUUUGUGAUGGUUUUUUAGGAUAAUAAAUUCGUUUGAGUUCCUAAACUUUGGUCACCGUCGUGUGUAGGUACUUUCAAAUACCAUUUCAAGUUAAACAAACUCUUGUGUAACCCUGAAAAACACACGACGGUGAUCCUCGCGCACCUAUUGGUCGAUAAAGCAGCCAGUGCACGUGAUGCUCUUCCCGUAGAAACUAGAAAGUGUUGAGAGAGGACACGACAUACUUUUAAAUAAAACACUGAUUCUAAUAAAAUUUACUUGUGUAUUUCUAAUUUCUUUUCUAAAUUAUUGUUUUUUGUAAAAUUGUAAACAAGUGAAUAGUGACAAUCUCUCAUUAUUCCGGAGCAAACCUCAUUUACAUUAGGAGGUUUUAUAAUCGGCGGGCUGCCAACUCUCGGGGUAACAUGAGUUCUUUGAACACACUACUAGAAGCAGCAAGAUUUCUGGAAUUGCAAGAGCAGCAACAGAACCGUACAACGGUAGCAGCUGAAACUUUAGCAACAAUGAAACCGGUUUCACCUACUAUUACGAAAGCUAAUGUAGCGCCCGUUAUAGCUUUAAGUCAAAGCACUGUUAAGACAGUUACUGCUAAUUCGGCGCCUCAAACUAUGGUUAUUUCGUCGAAUAAUAUAUCUCCCACAAUUCUACAAACCCCUAUAACUUUUUCAACUCCUGCACCCCAGAUCGUGAAGAAACUUGAACAAGAUGGUCAAGUAUCAAGUACCACAAUACCUCAUAUAUCGCGACAAAGAAUUUUACAUAAUAGUUUUGAUAUAAGGAAUUCCACAGUAAGCGAAGAUGGAAGUACGGAAAGCAAAAGAAAACAACCACCGUUAGUAUUUCGAGCAGGUACUCGAGAAGUUCAUAAUAAACUUGAAAAACAUCGUCGAGCGCAUUUGAAAGAAUGCUUUGAUAUUCUUAAGAAACAAUUACCUACUACUCAGGAUGAAAAGAAACCGUCGAACCUUAGUAUACUUCAUUCCGCCUUAAGGUAUAUUCAGACUUUAAAACGGAAGGAACGAGAAUUGGAACAUGAAAUGGAGCGAUUAGCUAGAAAAAAAAUUAUUGCUAAACAAAGGUUAGCUGUUUUGAAAAAAGAUAUGUCACAUUAUGAUAAUAUCGAUAUUUCAAAAAUUUUACCUGAAGGCGAUUCAAGCCCCGUUGCCAGCGCCUCGACACCUCCAGCAGAAGAACUUAGAGAAGAUAUUGUUAAUAACGGAUCUUCUGUUCAUAUUAAUGAAAAUCAAGAAAUGUCUAUACCGCUUUUGACCAAAACGAGCAUUCCUGUUGUUACACAAAACUUGACUUCAAUCAAAGAGAUCUCACAACCAAUUCAAACAACGGCUUUGUCGGUACUUCCCAUGACGUAUCCCGUAAACCAAGGUUUAGUCCUUCAAAAAGUUGCUUUGGUACCAAAGGGAUUGGAUGGAUUAGCACCAUUAGUGUCCACUCAUUUCAUCACUCCACAACAAAUCAAUGGAAAAGUGGUACCUUUGACACAGUACUUGGUGAAACCUGUUGUAGUAGUUAGCACCGCAUCACCACGCCCAAGCUAGUGGGGUUUAUUUCCAAAUUAGCAGUAAUUUGGUUCUUAACAAAAAGAGGAGGAAAACAUUUUACAAACCUUGAGGAACGACUGAACUACUUUGGAUUUUUAUGUAUCAUUAACUCUGAAAAGUAGUAGGUAUUUUUGUAACAUCAAAUAAUUAUUAUUUAGAAAAAUUAUAGCAGUUAUAAUUAAAAUAGGAAAUUUUGGGAUACAUGCUUAUUUAAGGUUUCUAAAUUGGUAUUUUAUGUUAUUCAAAAUGCACUUCCGUAAUAAUUCACUUACGAAAAUACUACUAACAUUCAUAUUUUUAUACGUCAGUUUUUUUGGCAACAAAAAAGCUAGGAUGGGAUAAAAGAGCAUAUUUGUCACAUUAUUCAAAACAGUAACUCAAAUAUGACUAUUAUAUAAAAUUGUUGUAAAAAGGACCUAAAACCAAUUAUUCAUAAUAGGAUUGUGGGCGGUCAAGUACCAUUGACCACAUGAGCCCUCUGAUAGGUCCGUAGUACCCGAAAUUACCAAAGGCCGAUGUUCUUUAGAAAAUGAAAUACUUGGGCUUCUUUUUUUUGACAUCACUAGACCAAUUUUGUUUUUAUUUAGAAAAAUUGUUUAAUUUUGAAUAUUUGAUCAUUUGUGUUUUUCCAUUUCUAAAGCUACAUUUAGAGUCCUCUAAAGUGAUUUCAACCUCAUUUAUUAUUCUUUUGUCCAUUAUUCUAGUCAUUGUUUUAGAUGGUAUUCUUAUUAGUGAUAUACCUGGGUAGUUUUCACAACUUCCUUUGCCUUCUCUUUAUAUAUUGGUAAUAUAAUUCCUAGAUUCCAAUCUUCCGCCAUUUUUCCUGUUAAAGUAUCUUGUUUAAUAAAUCUGUUAGUUGCUCCAUCCAUAUAUUUCACCAAAUCAGCAGUUAUGAUGACUUCUCUUGGCGCUUUUCCUAGCUUUAAUAUUUCAAUUACUUCUACUAGUUUUUGAUUCCUUAUCCUUUACUAGUGGGUAUUCCCUCCAUUACUUCAUGUUCCUCCGAAAUUCAUCAUAUUAUACUCCUCUUUCUCUGUCUCUGUCAAGACAAUUGUUGAUGUCUUAACACAUGAAAAGCUAACGAGGAGGUUCAGAAUUAUGAAAAUUUCUAAAGCUAAAACUACGUGAAAAAUUAAUUUAUAUGUUUUAAUUCUAAUUUUCAAGAAUAAUUUUUAUAUUUCAGAAUAAUUAAUUUCAUGGCACCAACUACUGCAUAGCAUGUGAAUAAGAGUAAUUUUUGGAGAGUAAAUAAUGUUUAUUGUACCACAUUUUUUAUUACAGUAAAAUACAAAUACUUUCAGAUUUAAAUCAAGUAAAAACAUACAUAUGUAUUGAAUUAAUAGAAGAAAACCUUUUUUUCAAGCUAGUGGUAUGGGGUGGAUAGUAACAUAAAAUUAAUGUCUUAUAAUCUUCUUUAAUAUUCAGUUUUAGGCAACAGUGUACAUAAAGAACGUACUAUCAGCUUUCGAAAUGAAUGUACCCAAUUUUGGACUACACCUUAUAAUUUUGAGGCUCAUUCCAAAGUUAUCUUUCAUCGAGUUAUCUCUUAAUCCAUCCUAGCUGAUUUCCGUUGCAUUUCUUAUUGGUUGUCUGAGGUAAUUAAGUUGCUGUACUUGCUGAAUAUAACAAUGUUAUAUAAUGAAUAGUCUUUAAGACAAUAUCGAACCUUAAUCUGUUUCAUUUAUUCCAAAAUUAAUAGCACUGAACAUUACGUAUACUUCAUAUUCCCCUUAUUAUAGUGGUUUAAUGGUAUUUGUAUUAUAGUUUUUUAGAUCUCACCACUAUGAUAUUGGAAACUGAUUUAAAGUACCUUUAAAUUUUACCUACUUAUUAUAACAUUUUGAAAUUUAUUUAUUUAACCCAUUUAUAUGAUUAUAUUAAAUGACCAAGAAAUUGUUUACCCUAUUAAUAUGUAUAAUAUUCUAUAUUUGUUGACUGAUUAAAAAAUAUAUUUUAAUAACAUUUGAAUUUGACUAAAUGGCCACAAAACAGUAGAUAUUGAAACAAAAAAACAUACAGAACUUAAUACUAAUCCUCAUAAUAUUAUUUGCAACAGAUAAUUGAAAUUCAGUGAAAGAAGCAAUAAAAAUGAAACAUUAAAAAAUGGAAUAUUAAAGUAUAUGGAUGCUUAAAAAUAACGAAGCAAACAUUAAAAAAAAAACAAUAAAAUAAAAAAUGAACAGUUAAAUAAAAAAAUAAACAGUUAAAUUGGACAUGAAAUGAACCAACAAAGGUAGCCAGGAAAAUCAUGAUGGUAGGUAAACUAAGGGAAAAAAAUGACCGAAAAGACAAUGGAUUGACCAAAUAGAGGAAAUUGGGCAAAUUAAAGGAAAAACUUUGAAGGAAAUGAAAAUACUUGCAAGGGACAGAAAAGCAUGAAAAAAUAGUGUGAGAACAGAUAGAGACUAAAUAUGACCUUUUAAAGGCAUAAGGAUCAUCAAGAAGAUAUUACAUGUUUUGCACAUAUAUUUUGAAAAAUGAAUCCUACUGUAUUUUGUAAACUAAAAUUAUGGAUUAAAGUAAGAUUUGUCUUGUGAAAUCUUGUUGAUCAAUUUUCCAUAAGACACUUAACUUGAUGAAUAUUUUUGAAAAUUGCAAAUGCAAAUGAUGAACGGCAUUACAUUAUUUUUAACAUUGUGAAUCGACUUAUUAAGCGUUCAAUGAUUUCAACAGAUACUGCCAGUUGAUUCACAUCUGAACAUUAUCCUGAUACAUUUUGUAAUAAAUAUUUUUUAAUAUAAUACCAUCAAACUAAUCAAAAAUUGAAAGAGUGAAUGAUUUAAUUGUUUUCGUGAUUUUAAAUGCACAAAAUAAAAAAUGAGUUGUUGAAAUGUUGACAAAAAUAAUAAGCAAUAUCACAUAAUCAAAAAUGACAUUUAUCUAAUUCCGCUAUCAAAUGUGACACUUUGAGUCACUCCUUGACAUUAGGAAACGUCACAUUCAUAUCGAAGUUGAAAUUUCUGGACCCAUUGAUGAUAUUCAUACUGAACACAUUGUUAACACCAACACCCACAAUUACACUCCUGACGCGCGUUUCGAUAUUCAAGCUAUUGUCUUUAGAGACUGAAGUUUAACUUAGUUACAACCAAGUUUAUCGUCUUCAAAGACCGAAGGUGAACUUCACUCUCUAAAUACGAUAGCUUGGUUAUCGAAACGCGUUAGACAGUGUAAUUCUGAGUGUUGUUGUAAUGGUAGUGUAAUAAUUAUUUACGUUAUGAGUUCGGGAAGUGAUUUAGUACGGUACUUACGACGUAAGAAAUACGAGGUAGAAAGUACUGAUGAAAAUGAUACCUGAAGUGCCAUUUUCCAGUCUUAAAUUAGUACUGUAAAGUCAACUUUUUAGUACAGCGUGAAAAAAAACAGUGUUUUCAGUAUAACCUUCAUAUAUCAGUUUAAAAAAGUAGUUAUGUAGAAACUAUUGUUUAUGUUGUAACUGUUCAAGUUUCAAAGAAUAAUUUAUUAAUUACUGUAAAAAAUGACAAUUAUUUCAUUAUUUAAACUGACUAUUAACUCAUUAUUUUAAUUGAAUAGUAUUUUCAGUUUUAUGAACAUUGAAAACAACAUUAUUAAAGACAAAGUUGUUUAAAGUAAGUCCAUUUUCAGGGUGAAUAUUCUCCCGAACUUCCUGUCUAAUGUUAAUUUCAUUUGAAGCUAUAUCUACAUAUAUGCCAGGAGUUUGGCCCAGAAUGUUUUCUGAAAUUCUCCUAUUUUAUAAUGGACUCUCAACAUUGGAUUUCCAUCCUCCGUGUUGCUACAUUUUCAGAAUGUCCGCACCUGAAUCUGCCAGAGGACACACUGACGAGCAACUUAAUUAAUGUCCUGUGUAUCCUUUAAUAUUAGGUAGACCCAGGCACUGAGUAAACUUUGCUGAUAAACGGUAUCUAAGCCCGUGAUUUAUAUGCCACAUUUUUCAUUAUAAUAUCGCACAAAAAAUCUGUAGUGCUUUACAGCAGGAGGUCUAAUAUUUCUAUACUUUUUGAGGUCAACAAGAAUGACACCAGCAAUAUUUCCAGCAGUGACCACAAAUUCGCAAUUAACAUGUGUUUUGGUUUCUGGAAUUGUAAUUUUAGAAAAGGUGUCUUUACCAAAUAUGUCUCCUUCUCGUAGGAAUCUUCCUACAUUUUCCUUCGUCAAAAUCUCCGAUUUUUUUGCAUAGUAUCCUGCUGACCGUCUCUUCAGCCAAAGCAAAAACAUAGUUAGUGGACUUCUGGAUCUCGAAAUUUUUGCGCAUGGUGAAUUCAGAUCUCAAUGUUUUUAAAUUUUCAAAAUAAGCAAGUAGUACCUUUUCAUUGAUAUUCUUCAUAUUUUUCAAAUCACACCAUUUUUCAAAUUUUGGUAGGCCAGAGCAUAUCUAUUUCUUGAUUUUUCAGGUAUUAAACUACCCACUGCAGCAUUUGCAGACUCUCUUUUGGAAUUAGAUAAAACGUUUUAAGUCAACACAUUAUGAAAAGAGCGAUAUUGUUCAACUCUUGUUUGAUCUUUUCAUAACUAGUUACGUAAAUAACUAUUUUAAAUAUAUGGGCAGUGAAUAAAAGUUUAAAUCAUGUGCUUAGUCAUAAAAGUAAACAAUUAACGUACUACCAAAUUAUAAUUAUAUUUUAGAAUUCAAUUGAAAACACUGUAGUCGAGGGUCGAUAAUUUUUGAAACAAAAAAAAUAGUAGAAGGAUAAAACCUAUUGGAAAAGGAAGAGAAUAUAACAAUCAUGGAAGGAAAAAUAAUUCUCAAGAUCUGAGGGUGGGAAGGGGAAGAAGAGAGUUUUAAGUGUAAAAAACAAUUUAUCUAGAUAUAUGGUAAAACUGCGAGUCCUAUGGGAAAAAGUUAAAUGGAUAAAUUGUAUGUAAUAAGAAAUUCUACAACUUUUGUAUACACACUUUUCUCACAUAACCUCAAAGUUUAUGUAAAAACUUCAAAUAAACAAGUUUUUGUUUCCCUAUUUUUAUCUUUUUAUGCCCUAAGCACACUGUAUUUUUUUUUAAUUUAAAAUAUUUUUUACCCACUUUUAAAUAUCGCCUUUAAAACGUUGGUGGGUUUUUUGUUCAUUAAAAUAUCUACUAUCUGAUGAUAUGAUAAAAAUAUUUUCUCAGAAAAUGCAAACAUAGACAACUCGAAACUAAAAGUUUUUGUAAUCAUGUAUCAUCAGAUUAGCUUUUUUUUCUUUUAAAUUUUAUACUUUGGUUAUUUAUAUUUAUCGAUAUAACAUCACAUUUUUCGAGGAAUUAAAUUAUGAAAUUUGAAUAAAUAACUAAAAAUUAUACAUAAUGAUAAUAAAAAAAUUUUUCGGAUUUGUUCACAUUUUCUACUGAAUAUGCUGUUUACACCACCACCAAACCAACAUUCACAAUUACAAUGUCUAACGCGCGUUUCGAUAACCAAGUUAACGUCUUUAGAGACUGAAGGUAAACUGUGAGUUUUGGUUAGGUGAUGUAAACAGUGUAUUCAGUAUGAAUAUCGCCAACGGUUCCGGAAACUCCAACUUAGUUCACAUUUUCUGAAAAAAAUUUCCAACGAAUGAAAAGCCGACAGACUUUUUUAAAAAAACUGAUAUUUUGACGUAUUAAUUUCAGUUCAAAAAUUAUGUUGCUUUUUCAAAAUUCAGUCAAAAUAAGAUUAAAAAAUGAAUAUCUCAAAUAAAAAAAAUUACAGUGUGUUUGGGACAAAGAGUAAGUUUUCACCAAAGUUAUGUGAGAAAAGUGACAAUACAUAAGUUGUAAUUUUUUUUAACUUUGCUAUUCAACUUUUUUCCAUAGUUUUACCUAGAAUCGAGAUAAACCGUUUUUUACCCUUAAAAACUCUCCCCCAUCCACUUCCCGACCUCAGAUAGCCCGUGCAUUUUUUUAGUUUCUUUUCCUUUUCCAGUGGGUUUCACCCUACUAUUAUUUACUUUAAUUUUCAAUGGCUUUAUUUAGUUCUGGUCCACUGUUACUGCCACCGCGCCAAAACUUGACUAUUUAAUUGAAAGGUGUUUUCAUAUCAAUCUUCUAUGAAAAUAUGUUGAAGGAAAUAAAAUCAAUAUAACGUGGUAUAAUUAUUUAACCGUUGAAUUUUUUAAAUCAAUAGACUCCGCAAUAAAGACAUAAUUUGAAUAUCAUAUAUGUUAAUUAGCUACGACAAUUUCUUGACAGAAUAGAUACACACUGAUUUUCAAUUUUUGAUCAUAGGGUUCACAUUUUCAAUAAUCAAUUGUAUCUGUAUUUCAAUGAUUUGUUAAGAAGAUGACUUAUUUGAGCUCUUCAUACUUGAUUACAUAUUUAUAUUCAAUAUUGGACAUAAUACUUCUGUGCAAAGAACUAUUAUAGGUGUUAGUUAAUGAUUUUUAGUGCUUUGAUCAUGUCUUUUCUAUUUUUAAAGGUAAGUGCUCUCGGAGGUCUUCUAAUGCCCAAUCUAGUCAUAUUUUUGACAUACUAAUAUACUGAAUUUUUACAUAUUUUGAAAAAGGUAUUUUCUAGAUAUCAACUACAACGCAUAAUUAAUUUCGAGUCUCAUAUUGUUUCAAGUUAUUUCACAAACAUAGAUUGAGUUUUUCAGCAUAUCGACAUAUUAUCUUCCAGUUUGUUAAUCAACUUUCUAAUGCAUUUUUCCUAAAAUCAAUUUAAAUUAACUUUAUUUAUUAAAUAAACAUUUAAACUCCUGAACAAAAUUAAAGCACCAUCUUCAUUAAUCUAAAUAUUUACAUUAUAAACAUAAAAUACAAAUAAGUUACAUUGAAAUGAUACCUAUAAAUUAGUCGAAUAUGAUCUUAGCAUAACCUCGAAUUGCCUUAUUUUUUCCAUAUAAGUUUGUUUUUGCUGGAAAUGCAUAAAUAAGCUUCAUAACUCCAAAUCACCCUCCUCUACUUCUUUUCGCUGUAUUAAUGCUUUGCGGCAUGCUAAUAUCAAAUGUUCAAGACAAGCUUGCUGUACAUUCUCCCAUUCUUCAAUAGCGACCUCUAUGAGUUGGUUAUGAUUAGAAACAGGGGGACUAUGACUUCGAAUCCUCUUUUUGAAAUAGUCCCGUAGACGUUCUAUAGGAUUCAUAUCCGGACUGUUAUGUGGCCACUUUAAUAAAGGGAUAUCGACAAAAUGAGCAAAAGGCAUUACAUGUUCGAAAAUAAUGUUGGGCAUUCAUAGACCUCAUACGUUAGUGUCCAAUUUCGUACCAGCAUCGAAGCACGCUCCUCCCCAAAACAUUUUAGAGACGGUAUCAAAAGGCCCUUUAAGAGGGGUAUUACAGCUGGCAAACCAUUUUCCUUGCUUUGGCCAAACACGCUCACGCCUAUCUAGAGCUUUAAGGCUAACUCUAAUUUCAUCAAAGAACGAAACCUUAUUCCAAUCAUUGACGGCUCAAUUCUGAUGAAGUUUUGCAAAAUUUGAUCUCUGAACUUUGUGUUCUCUGGUAAGCAAGAGUUUUUUGGCUGGUAUUCUGUUGCUUAACCCUGCUUCAUGUAAACGUCUUCUAACCGUUCGAAAAGAUACAUCGAUAUUUGGAACAUCUGAUAAUUCAUUUUUUAGCAGAUUGCUGGCGACUCCUCAGUUUCUGAGAGCACGAUUAUCAAUUUGGUUAUUGCAACGUUUUCGCCCUUGUCCUGGUCUUCAGUUGUACUAACACGUUUCUUUAUGUUGCCAUACUAUAUGUGGCUGAUGCUAGAAUGAUGUCUUCCUUACAAAGCAGCACCAGAUGGUAAUGAAUACCCUUCAUUCGGGAGAGUCGAUGCUCGCUCUACUUCAUUGACAAAUUUCUUUGGAGGCUCUUUUUUUAUUUGAUUUACUCUGAAAUGAACUUCCAAACAUGCAUGUAGUAAAAACAAUUACAAUAAAUUGCUUUAAUCUGUACUUUUGAAGAAAAUGUUGACACAGUUUUAGAUUAAAACGAGGUUUAAUACGAAUUAUAAUCAAAACAGAUUAUGUGAUACUAUAGUUAACUCAAAUAACAACUGUCAUUGUCAAACAAUGUACAUGGCCUACUUGUACAGUAAGUUAUCAAUAAAAAAAGAAUAUCAAGAAAAAUAUGAGUGGUGCGUUAAUUAUUUGUAUCCAACAAUAUUUUUUAUUGCUGUACAAUUUGGGAGAUACAUUCAAGUGAUUAUUAUACGAUUUCGUUAUUUGGAAAAUUUGCAAAAAUUGAUAAUCAGUGUUGAGCAUCUGCAUAAUAUCAAAAUAUAAUGGAAAGCGUAUUUAUAUUUUUAUUAAAACAUCAUAAUAUGAACAUUCAGAUUUAUCAACGAUUAAAUUAUAUCAAAUAUUAUUUCAAAUCAUUUAAAUGGACCAGACAAUUUGAAACAUUGAUAUUAAGAAAUCAUUUUAUUUGACAUUUGCGUUAGUAACUCAUUAGAGCGAAGCAUGUGAUUUAUGUACGUGUGUAACAUGUUUUACAAAUCUUGUGAUACCAAUAAAAGAUUUGCAAAUUAUUUUAUAUAAAGUUGUUUAUUUAUCUUAAAAAAAAGGACCUCUAAUAUCUGUAAAUGUAUCCAUCAAAACUGAAAAAAAAUUGGCGGAUGAUAAAACUGGGUUUUUUAUUUUUCUGUAUAAGCAAGUUAGCUUCAUAACGUUGGUACUCCCAUACAAAUUAGCUAGAAUUGUUAAUUUUCUCUACAAAAGUAUAACCACUGCAAAAAAAUGUUGAAAUGCACAUAUCCAUCACUUGCUUCAUUCUGAAAAUAAUCAAAAUAGACAAGAGGAAAUUUACGAUGUUUUCUCCAACGUAUUGAACUUAUUAAUUAUUUAUUUAUACUUUAUAACAAUUCUAUCAUUAAUGAUCGAUUAUAAUAUAGUAAAAUAGUUGAAUAUUACUAAAAUGUUCGAUAAAAGAAAAUUCACAUAGUUCAAAAACUUCCCAUGUUUCUGUCUAUUUAAAAACUUUGUUAAUAUCAUGUAACUUCUAAAUUCCCAACACUGCAAAAUUGAUUUCCCCGAGAAAAUAAUGUAUGUACAUUUAAAGCAAAAACUUUUUAGUAUUUAGUGAUAAAGAAUCACGAUAUAUCUUUUUCUUUCAACUUUUCAGGUGUGGGAUGAGAGUUCCGUACAUUUUUGUGUCCCCUAUUGUCCAUUUUCAUACAUUUUAUUACUAUAUUCAAUUUUGAUUGUAGUGAAGUUUUAUUUUAUUUCUAAUGAAUUCCUGAUACAUAAGUAUUUUGAAAAAUUUUUCUUCUUCUCAGUUGAUCUCCAAAAUGUAUUUGUAUUUUGUAAAUGUCCUUUCCAGAAAAUCUGUUUCAUAAUUUAUUAUAUACUCAUUCAUUUUAUUCUAAUUAUUUACAUUAUCUUUCUAUUUGUCACGAUUAAACUGAUUAAAACUUCUUAAGGGACCAUAUGCCUCACAUUUGAAUUAAAAACAUAUCGUUAAUCUGGAACAAUUCUGACCAAGUGCGCUUAGCGCUCAAUUUUUCUGCAUUUAUUGUGAUUUUGAUUUAUUAUUAUGGAACUGUCUUCAAUAAUAAAAUUGCAACUAUCAACAAGCAUUUAAUGAAAAUUAGUCCUAAUAAAUUCUUUAAAAAAUAUGAUAUUUUGGUUAUUUCGAAUUUAAAUAUAUAUGACUACAGGACUUUUCGGAAACUAAAACACGAGUUAAGGUAAAUCAAUUGAUUGAGGAUCCUAAACCAGAAAGAAAUAUCAAAUUUAAAACAAUAUAUACAAGAACAUUUAAUUUCUAUUACUUUUUGUGCGUUAAUUUUUCCAUGUAAUUAAUUCAGUUGUAUAAUUGAUUCUAGAUGUAAUAAUUGUUAUUAAGCAGUAAUCAGAUUUACCCCCUCUCAAGGAUUUUGCACUAAAGUUUAAAACUAACAAGUUAUUUUUAUAUUGACAUGCCGAAAGUAUCAACGCCGCAAACAUAAGUAAUAGUAGACAGCCAUUUAAGGGGAAUAAACAACUUUUACAAUUUCAAAUAACCAAAAACAAAUACAGCAACCCUUCAGCUGAUUGCAUUUACCCACUGGUCUACAAGGGUAGUGUCCGAACAUUCAGAUCAUGAUCAGGUUAACUCGAUCAAAGUUUACGAAAAGUCCUUAAAUGAUUUAGUUGAUCUAAUCGAUUAUUAAAAUUUAUUAACUAAAAGUCAAGGGUGUGUUAUUUUUAGGGAAUAUUUUUAGUUCUAUACCAAAAAAUUUUUAGAAAUUAAAAAAUUAUGCCGCUGUGCUAAAUGGUUUAAGUCCAAUGACUACUUUGCUCAUCAAAAAAUUCGAUUUCAACUUAAAUAUUUUUUUUAUUUAUAGGAUUUUUCGAUAUUAAAAUAUUAAAAGUAAAUUCGAAGACUGUAGAACAUCUAGUUUCGAAGUUAUAGCCUGUCAAAUAGUAACAUUUAAAAAAAUCUCAUUGAAUUUCAUUUAUUUUUCAAUUUAUUACAUUCACAUGGACACUUUAGUUUAAUCUUUUAAUGCUCAAAUCCGCACAAUAAAAUUAAAUUAUUCAUGUAAGAGUAAAAAAAAUGAAUGGAAUUUAAUUUGUAUUAUUUUAAAUUUUACUGUUUGACGGUAUAUAACUUCGAAAUUAGUGAUUCUACAAUCUACAACGAGAUAUUUUAGUAUAGAAUUUAAUUUUCUACAAAGACAUAAGAAGGUUUCUGGAAAAAAAUCUAAUAAAAGGAAUAAUCCAUUCAAAAUAUUCUAAAAAAAUAUAUUAACUAUGUAAUUUAAAUGGGAAUUUUCUGAUGAGAUCUUGGACUUUAACCCUUUAGAACACAGGUAAAAUUUUUUAAAUACCUAUAUAAUAGUAAAAAAAUAUGGUCUAAAAAUGAUACGCCUUAAAAUGUAUACAUGGAACAUACAUAGAACCAUAUUUUCUGUAGAGACAUCCAGUUGUAAUAAAAUUGAACUUGUAUUCACAUUAAUAUAUAACACGUCACCCAAUAAAUCGUGUGACUAAGAAAAACACAUUUUAUUGCCAAAAAUUGAUUUUAUUCAUCAAAGUAAUUUCCUUCAAGAGCAAUACAAUCAUUCCAACGCUUCUCUAACUUCUUGAUGCGCCGUGCUUGUAGAAGGAUUUUUCUUUUGCCCAAAAAAGGCUUCAGUUUCGGCAAUUGCUUCUUCAUUGGAGCUGAAUUUCUUACCGGCGAGCAUUUUUUUGAGAUCAGUAUAUAGCCAGUAGCCACUGGUGGCCCGAUCUGGAUUAGACGGUGGAUAAGGAAGCAAUUCCAAAUGUAAUUCGUUCAAUUCAACCAUCGUUGUCAUCGACUUGUGAAUCGGUGCAUUAUCUUGGUGAAAUAGUGAUGACAUGAGGCCGUUUUUUCUUGAUUUUUGCACUUGAACAAUCCAACAACUCUAAGUCAUGUUUCAUGAACUGUCGUAUAUCGACGCAAAAAAUCUGAUUUAUUACGGGUUCAAAACAUCCUACGACGUUGUCCGAUGCCUAAUUGUCACUCUUUCCUGUCGCUGCAGUCCAAUUUUGGUCUUCCUCUCUUUCUGUUCUCUUGUGGGAUCCGCUUCAUUAUUUUUUUUUUUGGUAAUCUUUCCUCCCCAUCCUCUGCGUGUGUCUGUACCAAAUCAUCUGCUUUCCCUCAAUAUAUUCUACAAUUGUUUAUUGGAGGUUCAUUUGCUGUUUUGUUUUAUCGUUCCUUGCUCUGUUUAUUCUACAUUUCAUAGUACAAGUACCAUGUCUUAUCUACGUUCAUCUGCAGUCCCCUUUUCCGGUAUUCUUCUUUUAGUUUGAGUGCCAUCUAUUCUAUAUCACCCCUGACGUUUUAUCUGAUCAACUGCAAACUGGAAGAUAUAUAACCUGGUAUCAUCGUCGAUUUGGAUCCCUAUUCAUUUGCAUUUAUUCUUCUUUUGAAAAGAGUGGUGAUGCAGCACCGUUGCUUCAGGCCUUUAUUGACUAUGAACGAUUCAGAUACUCUAUUUCCGAUUUUUACUGCAGACUUCAUAGCUUUAUAUAAGUUCUGGAUACCCUUUGUUAGGGUAUGAUUAUUAUAAAAUAAAAAGCAGCAAUAAUAUUCUCAAACGAUACUGUAGAGUACAAAAUCAGAAACAACGAUGUUAUUUCUAUCAAACUAAAAUCUGUUCUAUUCUGUUAUAUUUAUUCAAAAUUUAUUGGAAGAAAUAUAUAAACAUAAAUUUAAAUUUUAUUGCAUACAAUCACAAUGAAUAUUAAUAAAAUUUGGAAAAGAAGUAAUUUAGGGUUGCUAAAAAUCAAUUCAACUUGUAGCACCUACUUGUGUAUGGCCGAUCCACACUCGCACGCUAAUAUCAUCGCGAAUCGCGGAAAAGAUUGUCAACAGUCUAAACUCGCAGACUUACGCCGGGCUCACAGUAUAGUUCGCGUUCUUGACGAAAACAUUAAAUAAGUGAGAGUUCUAAUUCGUUAUUCCACACGGUACUUACUUUGUAUGCAAAAUCGUGGUGUCGCAAACUCAACUGUUAAUUGUUACUGUACGUCUGAGCAACCCAGGACAAAAACCGACAAUUUUCGGGGAACAACCCGAGAAGAAUAUGCGAAUCGGAUCCACACUCAUGCUUCGCGGGUGCAACGAGCAUUCGCGCGCGUGUGCGGAUGUAUCGCGGAACAAAAACCGAGAACUUUCGGGGAACGAGCCGCGAACAGUAUGCAAAUCGGAUCCACACUCAUGCUUCGUGGGUGCUUCGCGCGCCUGUGCGGAUUUAUGGCGGGACAAAAACCGAGAACUUUCGGGGAACGAGUCGCGAAGAAUAUGUGAAUUAGAUCCACACUCAUGCUUCGCGCAUGUGCGGAUGCAGAUAUUAAGCCUAUAACAAAUACUUGAAUGUUUCGCCAAUAAAAAAAGGAUUAAGUCAAUUAUAAUCUACUGAUAAAUGUAUGUAUUCCACUAUAUUAGGGAAAGAGGUCAGAAAGAUUUUUUCUAUAAUGUAAUAUUUUGCGUAUUUUUACAAUUAGAAAUGGAUUAUAUUUUAAAAUGUUGAAACAACUAUCAUCCAAAUUUAGAACUCCAGUUACUGGUAUCAAAUUGGAAAAUAAAUUCUUGAUCAUCCGGAUCUUCUACAACCCAUUUACAAUUUUUUCCAUGAAGAAAUCUUAUAUCGCAUCAACGAAUAGUUUAAGGUCCCACCGACAAUAAUAAUUAUCCUCCAUAUAAAUGUAUUCAAUAAUAUCCUUUAUACUUACUAAAUAUUCUGAGCUUAAGAAGUCUCAAUUUUCAAAGUAGAAACUUUUUUUGAAGCAUUUUGUAGGGAAUUUCAAGUUUUUCAACGUCAUAUCAACUUUUUUCAACCCACGGUUUCAAAAAGGGUGCAGCUCAAAGGGGUUGCAUAAGCCACAUUUGGUACGCGAAUACAAACUUUGAACUAAUGUAUCUCCUUCAGUUUUUAUGGUACAUAUGUAAAAAAGCUGAAAAUUUUUGGCAAGAAAAACCCUACAAUUAAUAUUUGAACCAUUUUCACAUAACAAAUUUUUUUUUCAAGAUCACGAAAAUUCAGUGUUCAAUUUAAUCAAUUAUUUUUUCUAAAAUAAUCAUUCAAAACUGGUUAAAUCACAUGGAUCAUAUCAAUAAUACACAAAUAAAGUUAAUUGCAAAUGGAAUAAGAUUAAUUUCAAUUAGGGUGGUAAUGGCGAGGGUAUAAUUACAUUUUUUCAAAAAAGACAAAAGGAGAAACCUUAUUUUUGUUAAAAAUCAGUCAACUCUUAUGCAAAAGACUUUUGACAGUACUCAUUUUAAAAGUUUUUCUAUGUGCUUUGAAAAAGAUCUCUUGACUUUUUUUUCAAAAAUUUCAUCAAUUUCAAGUUAUUUGAAGUUAAAGGUUUUCAAUUUCGGGAUCCCCAAAAAUAACCAUCCUUCAACAAGUAAAACUCAGUUAUUAUUGUAUUUACAGAGGUCCUUAAAAACAAAUCUUUUCGUUUUUUAUAAGCUACAUUUUUGUUCCUUAAUUAUUUUGCUGAUAAAAUGAAAACUUUGUAAGUUAUUUUUGGAAAAUGAGCAGUUUUAAUAACUCUAACAAGUACCAACUUUAGAAAAAAAACUUUAUAGGGUAAAAGUUGCUUAGAAUUUGUCAAUCUAUCGACCUACGAGAUUAUUUUGAAAAAUAAAUUUUCAUCUUUAAAAAGGGGUGGCUUCCUCCCCCAGUGCAAAAGCAUCCUUCUGCACAUUAUAUAUUUUGAGAGUAUUAAUUUUCAAGAAAAUCGACCUUGAUUAUCAAAAUUCUACCGGAAAACAGCUAGUACCUGGCCUAACUCUUGUAUCCAUAUCUUUUUAACAUUAACUUUAUAUAUAGUAAAAUCUUUACUACAAAACUAUCAAUCCAACAAACCUCUUCUGUAAUUAUUGUUUCAUCUAGUUUGUUCUCUAUUAGUAUAACUUCUCUGUCUCGGUAUUGAAUAAACAUAUAGUAGUUUCUUCAGUGGUCUUUUAUAUACAAAUGCUAUGUGAAUCAGUUCUUCAACUGAGGUAGAUUUUUCUCACUACAAAAUAAUAAAAAGAUUUAAGAACAAAUCAAAAUGAUAGUAAGAUCAGAUAUCUAUCCCACAGUGGAAUUUUAUUUUCAAAGAUAGAAUGUGAUCUUUCACAAAAAUUCUUAAAACUAAUAUCAAAGAUAUCUGAUAAGGAAAUUUUUGAACUUUUAGUAUUCCUAAUUUCGAAUAUUUUGACAUUUCAUCCAAAUUUAUUGCUCAUUUUCGCCUUUACAAAAUGAUAAAUAAACAUGUUAAACAUAUUCAGCAAUAAACUAGUUUUUGCAGCCAAUUUUUCUAUAUUCUCUGGACCGAAAUGGGUGUCUCAAUCAAAAAAAGAGCCAUUUAUUAUUCAGUUUUUGAGUGGAGUUUUUAGUUAGAAAUUAUUCACUUGUAACAUAAGACCAAUUAAAAAUUAUAGGAAUAAAUAUGUCACAACUUAUUUACUAUUAAUCGAAGACGUUGAAGGAUAGCACAAGAAAAAUCUUCAACCAUAUCUAAUGAAUUUAAUUUUUCAUUGAUACACACAUUGAUCUUCUUACUCAAUCUAUUAUGGUGAGGAGUUCUAACUAAUAACAAAAAAAAUUUGAUAAUCGUUCAAUCUAUUUGACUUUCAUUACUAGAAUUCCUCUUAGUACAAGCUUACAGCAUUUGGUACAGAGGAAGAAGCAAUUUAAAAGACAAAUUGCAUAGUGUUUAACAAUAAUAAAAGCUAUUAUCAAAUUCAUCACAUAUUAAGAAAUACUAUUUACUUCCUGUGACAUCUAUAAAGUAUAAACAAAAAUUAAUAAAUUUUUAUUUGUGAUAAUAAACAUCUCAUAUUUCAAUUAUUUACCAUUCUAUUUGAAUGUACUAGCAAAAAAGUGUGUUUAAAGGGUUUGUUUAGUGAAUAUAUGGUUCCAUUAGAUUAAUCUAACAAAACUGUAAACAAUAAUUCCAUUUGAAAUAUGCAGAUUAGUAAAUUAUAUAAUGAAAGCUCAAGUUAGAUUAGAUGUGGGUCUGACUACAAUAAAUUCUUAUAUUUAAGUUUACCUUGAAAAGAGAGGUCCACUAACACAAACACAACGAAUAACACAAACACAACAAACAAAACGUGUUUAAAAAUAUGAAAUAAUCAAGUAGAUGGAAUUAAAAAUAAUUUAUGGUGGAUAGUGUGAAACUUAACUGUGGUGUUGUGUAUUAAAUCAGAAAUGUUUGUUUAAAUAACUUUUAAUAAUAUGUCAUUAAACAUGGUAAUCCUAGUCUGAUUUAAGCAAUAGCCCGACUCCCACUAUUGAAAUGAAAAAAAAAUGGCUGUUGUUAAUGGUUAAACUAACCUUUAUUUAGAAAUAACAUUCUUUAUAUUGAAAUAAUUGUCAAUUCUAUUCUGUAUAAGCUAUUUUGUAGAGGGAUUCUGGCAAAAUUAAACACAAAAGUGUACUAACUACAAUAUAUUUUUCCAAGCUUUUGAAUACUUAUGUAUUCAUCUUCUAGGACUGAAAUUAUGGUCAAGUGCAAUAUAAAAAUAUGUAUAAAAGUAUAACAAUAAUAAAAAUUGCUUACAAUAACUAGUUAAGAAUUGCAGAAUUUGAAAUUCCCUUGUUUCUUUUAAAAAACAUAUUUUAGAGUUAGUACACUUUGGUGUUUAAUUUUGCCACAAUCUCGUUACGAAAAAGCUCAUAAUCCAGCUGGUAUAUUCUUCUUUCCAUUAAUUGAAAUGAAUAAUGAUCAAAACUUAUCAUCUGUUUAUCUUAGCAAUCAAGAACCAGUUAUUUGGAAAAUUUCCCUUCCUAGCAGAGUUCCAAUUGCAAAUGAUGAAAUUAUUGUCAUGACAAAAUUAAUUUAUACUCCAAAUACGCAAUGUAAUGAUACAUGACAUAUUUUUCCAAUUGUAUAUAUAACACAUGGAAAUAUGUAACUGUACAGUAAAAAUGAAGAUUUGAUAGAACACUCCUUAGAAGUUAAUUUUUCAUAUAAAUAAAAUAAUAUUUUUUAUAUCUUUAAUUAUAAAAGCAAAGGUUAAAAUGCAAAACAUUGCAGAUUUUUCUUGACAUAAUUUCAUUGUUAACUAAGAAAUGGUAUUACGAUCUUAUUUUAAGUUUGCACUACAUAGAAUCUCAACUAUUAGUUGACAAAAUAUAUUCAAAUCAAAAUUGUCAUUUUGUUGGAUUUUGUGUAAAUCAAACCAGAACUAAGCAGAAAAAUCACAUUCAAACGUUAAAUACAUAUUGAAGUUAACAUCAUUAAAAGCUUAUGCUUUUAACAAAAUACGAA